AUGGGCGUACCUGGCUUCUAUCGGUGGGCAGUGCGCAGAGUACCUCAUCUGCGAGCAAAGAGCACCGGGCCCCCGUACGAGUUUGACAACCUGUACUUGGACUUCAACGGUGUCGUCCACACCUGUGUGAAUGACUGGACGCUUCAGGAGCAGGAGGACUACCUCUUCCAGCUCAUUGAGGCGCAACUCGCCGUGCUGUUAUCCCUGGUGACUCCCAAGGUUCUGCUUUAUGUCGCACUGGAUGGGGUGGCCCCAAGGGCGAAGAUGAACCAGCAGAGAUCAAGGCGUUUUCGGAAAGCCCAGGAGACGGAUUCGGAUGGUAUCGAUGCUGUCAUUGAUGUCUUCGAUCGGAACGCCAUCACACCUGGGACUCCUUUCAUGCAGCGCUUGUCGGAUCGGCUACGGCUCUGGGCCGCCUAUCAGGCUGCAGUGCCCGAUCUGCAAGGACUGAGCAUAGUCAUCUCUUGCGAUCGCGAUCCAGGCGAAGGCGAGCACAAAAUCAUGGAGGUGAUUCGGAGCCAUCCGGAGCACACCCACUGCCUUUGCAGCAAUGAUGCCGAUCUGGUGUUCCUCGGGCUGGUGUGUGAAUCCGAGCACGUGUACCUGCUGAGAACGAAGCCCAACUACGAGAAAAGGGUGCGCACCGGGCCAUCUCAGGAGGCCGCGGACGUUCAAGAGGCCCCAGACUCGGACGCCCUGCCGGUACCUGAGCCUGCAGCCUCAGCAGGGCCCAUGGCUGAGGACUAUGAGAUGCUGAGCAUCGUGGCGCUGCGCGCGUGGCUGUCCAGCCAGUUCCCGGACUGUCUACCGAAUCGACUGCUAGCCGACUUUGUGGCGAUGUGCUGCCUGGUUGGGAAUGACUUCCUGCCCCACAUAGCAGCUGUCGACAUCUACGAUGGCGGCCUGGACAAGCUCCUAGCAGCCUACUACCAGCUUAAGCCUGCAGUCAACGGGUAUUUGACCACAGCAGACCUCACCCUGGACUUGCCCCGAUGGCGUGGCUUGCUGGAGACGGUCGCACAGGAGGAAGCCGAGAUCCUCCUGGACAUGCUUGGCCUCGGCUGGGGUCCAAAGCAGCUGCCCUACCGCGGCCCUGGGCCCCCUUCCUCGAACUGGGACGGCUUGUCCGUGAUCGUAUCUCUUGUGCCGCGGAAGGCCACCGCAGCACAACUCUCGGCGGCAAUGUCAAAGCAGGGCUGCAUCGUGAAGAGCGUCCACCAACUGAAGCAGUCGCGAGGACCUUCUUCCUGGCUGGUUUGUUUCGCUGAACCGGCGUCUGCUGUCCGGACUUUGGUAGCCACCCGCCGCAUAGAGACCCAGCGCCUGCAGGUGACCUGGGCGGUACCGAGUGGCUUGCAGUUCGAAGAGUCGCCCCCAGAGCCGGCAGAGGCCGUGAACUGGCGGGAGGAGCUCAACCGGUCCGUCCGAGAGUCGUUCGAGUAUUGGCUUGGACCGGAGAAUCUUCCGAAUGAUGCAUUUCUUCGAAGACAUGUCCGCCAGCGGAGAGAUCGGUAUGUACCUCUGCGGGUCUUCGUCAUGUUCCGAAGACUGAGGGUUUGGAUGCAAGACCUAGCGCAGCUGGCGCAGGUCCUCGCGUCCUCGGAGCUGUUGGAAAUUUGGGGAGAAGGACGUCAAGCCUGGGUCCGCCACAAGGUCGACCACAGCCGACGUCCCGAUGAGUCAGAAGAUCAGGUUGAACGGCAAACUGCGUGCUUGGAGCUUCUUGCCGCUCGUCGAUGCGUUGAUGCAGUGUUGAUGCUGCGACCAGAAUACUACGCCCGAUAUGGGGGGCCUGUUGCGAGUGGUUCACCGUCAGCCGAUAACAUCGCAGCAGUCGAGCAUCAUCGAAGCGUCGCUUUCCUGACAGGGAUUGAGUGGGUGCUGCACUAUUACGUCCGGGGGUGCCGUUCCUGGUCGUGGUUCUAUCCUGCACACUACCCGCCGCUAUGUGCAGGUCUUGCGAGCGUGCAAGGGCCACUUCCAGCACCGCCCCUCGAUGC